GAGCAAACAUGGAGGACUCAAUUGUUCUUUAUUCAUCACUUUCUCUCAUUCUUCUCCUUCUUGCUUUGAAACUCUUCAUACAAUCAAAAAAAUCCUACAAAAAUCUCCCUCCACGCCCACCUUCCCUUCCAAUCCUCGGCCACCUCCAUCUCCUUAAACCACCCUUCCACCGUAAACUCUCCACCCUCUCGCAAAAAUACGGCCCAAUCAUAUCCCUCUGGUUUGGCUCCCGCCUUGUUGUUGCCGUAUCCUCUUUCUCCCUAGCCGAAGAAUGCUUUACCAAAAACGAUAUCAUCUUUGCCAAUCGCCCCAAGUUAAUAAUAAGCAAGCACUUGGGCUACAACAACACCACCAUCAUGACCGCAUCUUACGGGGACCACUGGCGCAACCUCCGCCGUAUCGCCGCCAUCGAGAUCUUCUCGUCUCAUCGACUCAACAUGUUCCUAUCCAUUCGGAAGGAUGAAAUCAAGCGAUUACUUCACAAACUGAGCCGCUACUCCGGUCAGGAUUUCGCCACGGUCGAGCUGAAAUCUAUGUUUGCGGAGUUAACUUUCAAUAUUACGAUGAGAAUGGUGGCGGGGAAGCGGUAUUACGGCGACGAUGCGGUUGACGAAGAAGAGGCGCGGAGGUUCAGGGAGCUGAUUAGUGAGAUCGUGGCGAACGCUGGAGCGACGAAUCCAGGGGAUUUCUUGCCGAUUCUCAACUGGAUCGAUGGCGGCGAGUUUGAGAAGAUAAUCACGAGGUUGAGCAAAAGAACCGACAUAUUUUUGCAGGGAUUGAUCGACGAGCACAGAAGUAAAACGGAAGGUCCAGAAAGCACGAAUACGAUGAUUGAUCACUUGCUUUCUUUGCAAGAAGCUCAGCCAGAGUACUAUACCGAUCAGAUAAUCAAAGGUCUCAUGUUGGCGAUGUUAUUGGCGGGAACCGACACCUCAGCAGUCACACUGGAAUGGGCAAUGUCAAAUUUGGUCAACGAUCCUGACAUUUUGGAGAAGGCGAGAGUAGAAUUAGACCGUGAAAUCGGUCAAGAAGUUUUGAUGGAUGAAUCAGACAUUAGCAAAUUACGUUACCUCCAGAAUAUAAUAUCGGAGACAUUGAGAUUAUACCCGGCGGGGCCACUUCUAGCGCCGCAUGUGUCAUCGGAGGACUGUGUUGUCGGGGGUUAUGAUGUGCCACGUGACACGAUCUUGUUGGUCAAUGCUUGGGCCAUACACAGGGACCCUGAGUUGUGGGAUGAUCCAACAAGUUUCAAGCCUGAGAGGUUUGAAGGUGAGGAGGGGGAGGCCCAAAAGGUGUUGCCUUUUGGAAUGGGAAGAAGGGCCUGUCCCGGGGCUGGCUUGGCUCAACGAGUGGUGGGCUUGACUUUAGGCUCACUAAUUCAAUGCUUUGAGUGGGAGAGGAUUGGAAAAGAGAAAGUUGAUAUGAGUGAGCGCAGGGGCAUUACCAUGCCGAAAGCCAUUCCAUUGGAGGUCAGGUGUAGAGCUCGUCAUAUAAUGAACAAAGUUUAGGUAGAAUGUAGUUGUUGUAUUUGCAUGCUACAAGGACUUCAAGGAAGGCCUACCAAUUCCUUCCUUUCAUAUCUAUGAUUGAAUGAUUUUCAAUGCCCCUACCCUUAAAAUUUAUAGGAAUGGAGAAAAAUUAUGAGUAGUUUUUGUAUUUGCAUGCUACAAGGACUUCAAA